GAUUGGGCAAUCUCACCGGAAAUAGCAGGAGAAGUCAGCUGCUGCGACCAAAACAAACAUGGCGGCCACAGUAACGACGGUAAACACGUCUAAGCUUUUUGUGUGUUCUCUCCGUCUCUCUUGAUCUUUGCCGGUCAACUUAAUAUACAACACAUAUUGUAAACUGACCAUUUAACUAGUCAAACGUUUUGGAGCAUGUUUCUAAACGGAGAGCCAAAACGAAAACCGGAAAAUAAACGGAAGUGUCUGCCUCUCGUUUGAAACUAAACAUCCGCCACGAUAACGCGUGUGUUUACUAUGUUAGCUCGUCGUUUCAGUCGAACAAACACGAGGAAUAUAUGAACAUGAACUGUAUGCUCCAUUUAACGGAACGAUCCAUCGUGUCAGAUCCCGUCUGACACAAAGAGCAGCAUGAUGUAACGUUUGCGUUAACUAUCGUCUGAGUAUCUCGCCCCGAGCAAAUAAACAAGACAUGGACUUUGCAGUGGAGACAAUCUUAGCUCACUGAGAGGUAAAUAUACAUUACCAUGGGUUUGGUGAACUUUGUAAUCGCCACUGUAGGAAAAUGCCUGGACGCCGUCUGCUUACUGUUGGACGUGAAUUUCCUCAUCGUCCACAGCAUGGUGCGGACAAUCCUUGCGGUUAUCACCUUUAUAACCAGCCUGCCCACCCUUCUCCUCCACUCGGUGGUGGAGUUGGGGGAUUUGGCCGUGUUUUGCUUGGUGUCCAUGGCAGAGGCGACGUCCAACGUCGCCCACAGUACUGUCACCAUGCUGGGGAGCUUGGUGCUGGCUCUGGAGGGGCUGCUCGAGAGCCUGAAGAUGGUGGGUUACCUGUCCAUGCAUGUCCUGCUUCGCGGGAAGGAGCACCUGUGUCGAGGUCUGCUGUCUGUGCUGGAGGGCUGUGGCAUUGCUGUCAGCCUGGUGGUCUACUUCACCAACACUGUGGUCAAUUUUGCACUCAUUGCCACCCAGAACAUUUACACAGUGGUGGUCAGUGUGUGGCAGACUGUCUCCAGCCCACUGCAGACAGUGCUGGAGCUCACGCUGACCUCCUUCACCUUUCUGUACAGCAGCCUGGUUGGGACUUCGGCUUUCCUGUGGUCACCUUGUAAACUCCUGUUGGACUUUUUGGUCUCGCUGGUUCAUAUGUUUGUCAGUAUCUUCAUAUUGAACAUCUACGGUCUCCUGCUCACUGUUACUAUUGCUCUAACUACCACUGCCUACCUGAAUCGAGACCUGACCCGACAGGCCGCUGUGCGAAUUGGAGAUUACAUUAACUUGUUUCCAGCCUUGCACAGACUUAAUCUGGUUUACCACCGCCUCGCCUCAGCCUUGCAGAACGCCCCACGUUUUUUACGUGGUGCCAUGCAGCGUCUGCAAAGAAUAUUCCUUCACCUCUGCCUGCUAGAAAGAGGACUUUGGCAGAAGCUGUCUCGACUGAGCAGCCAGUUAAGUUUAGCUCUGAGGACACAGCUUAGCAGGGACAACAACCGCAGAGUACGCGGCGAUGGCGACCCCAGAGAGGAGAGGAGGGACCCACCUGAUGGAAGAGCAGGAGAUGGAGCACACCAAGAGCUGCUGGACUUGGUUUUCCCAUCAUCAAGCAUAGACAGGCCACUAAAGAAGCAGUCGUCUUCAGGCAAAAACAGUAAACAUCUACCCGCUGAGAAUCUGCUGACCCUGCUGAAGGAGCAAGAGGAAAGGAAGAAGUGUGUGAUCUGUCAGGACCGUACCAAGACGGUGGUGCUGCUGCCAUGCAGGCACCUCUGCUUGUGUAAAGACUGUACGAACAUCCUGUUGAGGCAGCCCAUAUAUCAACAGAACUGCCCGCUCUGUCGGCACAUGAUCCUCAACACUAUGGACGUGUACUUGUGAGGGACCAACAGAAGUGGAUCUGUGGGCCGACUACACUAUCAUUCUCUCUACUUAAAGUGUUACCCCCACUGACACCAUGCUGUAUGACCUGUGCUUUGACUAGGUUGUGUUAAAGGAUAAGUCUGGUAAUUCUGUAAAUUUUUCUUGCCAUCAACAAAUCCCAUGAUAAGCCCAUAAGUAACAACAUGUUAGUCGGUCUGUUAACACGUUCCUGCUUCUCUACCCCGACGGUGGCACUCAGCCCCAAGCCUUUUUCAUUUCUGCUGGGGAUGUAAAUCUUUAACAACGUCUCUAAAAAGUGUUACUCAAACACUGCAAACUGGUGUAAAUGGAAAGGUUUUGACCACUGACAAUUCUGGCUGAUAACAUCAAUCUAUUGUUGGUGUGGAAUUUAUUGGGAUUUAUUGAUAAUCUAAAAUAGAGAACAUUAACAAACUUAUCUUUAACAUUUGAUUUCAGAUCUUUUUGAGUACACAUAAAGAAAACACAUACUGUGUCCCAAUUCCAUCUGACAAUCAACAGCUGUAUACACUGUGUACUAUAUAUAUUAAUCUUUAUAGUAUACUGUUUUUGCAGUCUGGCAUAUAAGAAAUCAACAUACUUAACUGUUUCAACUGAGGGAAUAGGAAAUAACAUAAUACUAACACUGUCAUGACUCCAACAGUAAAAUGCCACUAAUGUAUAAGAACGGUUUCAUCACCAUCCACACAGGGAACAGUUCCUGCAUCUUUGUGCAUUGCAUUGUCGGAGAAUAGUGUUUUUGUCACCUGUGAACACACAACAUACUAAAAUACUGUUUAGAAUAAGUUUGCGUGUGGAUUUGGGACACGGCUAAAGUCUGUUUGGGCACAAAGAUGCACCUGUUUUGCCAUGUUGAGCCUCAGGUCUGGUUGCCAUGGUAACCCGUCAGUGCCCUCCCUGAUGCUGAAACGUCGACCACCGCUCAUGUCUUAAAAUGUUGUGCUUUCAGUGGGCCAAGCUGUGAAGAAGAUACAACUAACACUGCUUUAUUGCAUGAGUAUACAACUGAUUCAACACAUGCUGUAUGAAUGAAGAGUGUAUUACAAGCAACACCAUGACUGUUUUGCUCUGUUAUAAAAAAGCUUUUACCAUUUAAAAAUACUGUAAAUGAGGACCACUUCUCACAGAGCCAUAUAAAGAAGGUUUUCUGUGAUGUGUAUUUUUCCAGUCAAGCUUGAUCAAAUACAGCUUCAUUCCUGUUAUUUGUUCUUUUGAUAGGGCUUAUUCCAGUCUUCCAUCAGAGGCACAUUACAGUCACCACCAACACAUAAUCCAUAGCAGGUUUUCCCUUUCCUUUUGCCAUUUUAAUAAAACAGAUUUAUGUUGUAAAAGAGGACCAUAACCUAAUAAGGCGUUGCAAUUUAAUUUGUUUUUGUUUUUCAUCUGUUGCCGUCAAAACUGAAGUGUUGAUAUUGAUUGUUGUUUACAGGGCAGAGUUGGGACCCCACCAUUAUUAUUGAUACACAAUUUGUAUGAUUUGACUAAUUCGAUUUCUGCAUUGUUUUCGGAGCAAUUACUGACAAUACAAGAGACUUGGCAUUAUAGACUAUUCCUAAAAUGCCAAUGGCAUUCCUAAUUUACGAUUUGCAGUGGACUAAAAAGAGCUCACAUGACCAUUAUGUCUUGCUACGUGCAGUUUGUAUGACACAAUGUGGGACAAUGUGAUUUGAAUACAUGAAUGUAACUUGUGUUUUUUAAAUACUAUAACUGCCACAUAACGGCAGGUUUUCUGUUUAUAAUAAAACAAUGACUGAAACUC